AUGUCGCAGUUGGUUGCUGAGCCCUUCCCGCUGGGCCCCACAGUGCAGCCCGUGGUCCUGCCCGCUGAGGGCUACGACCCUCCGGCAGGGCUGCCCGUCACCGCCACCGGCUGGGGCACCACCCAGGACGGCGGGGCGGCGGAGGAGCUGCAGAGCGCCGACCUCGAGGUGCUGGACCGGUCCGAGUGCGAGGCGCGCCUGGGCGAAGUCCACCACGUGACGGCCAGCAUGCUGUGCGCCGGCCACCCCAGCCGCGCCGUCUGCCACGGCGACUCGGGGAGCGCGCUCGUGCACGCCGGCACGCAGCUGGGCGUCGUCUCCUGGGGGAACUCCAGCUGCCUCGGCCCGGUCGCCGUCUACGGCAACGUGGCCAGCGCCAGGGCCUGGAUCAGGGACACUACUGGAGUCUAG